CGCUAUUGUUGUUCAUAGUGCUACUGCUGCUUUUACUGCCAACGUGAUGGUCAGUGGUAACGAACAGAGUGUACCAGUUCAGUUGGAUGGACGAACAUUGGAGCAAAGUCAGAGAGACUUGUUGUCGAGGCUGCGCCAUAGGUUUGGUCGGCGGACCUCGAGUGAGAGGAGUGCAGUCGGGCAACCAGAGGAAAAACCAGUUCAAGUCAGUGUCCAAACCCCGACGUGGAGUGAUGAAGUGAACCGUUGGAUUGAUGCAAUCCACGAUAGGUGGGACAGUGAAAUGAGACGUCUGCAAAACAGCAUGUUUUCUUUGGUGCCGAUGGACUUGUUUGGCAUUGGUGGGCAGGAUUUGUUCGCGCCUCCUGGUGGCAUUCGGUCAAUCCUGGAUCGUAUGGAUCGUCAAAUGCGUGCACUGGCCCGCCAUGUGGAGGAGGAAGCGCAACGAGCUGCAUUGCCAGACAACACGAAUUUCGGAGCUCUAAUUCCACGUGUUGAAGACGGUUUGCUUGAUUGGCUCAACAAUGCUUAUCAACUCGGUGAAGAUGGUCGAGUCCACUUCAAGGUUCGGUUCGAUCUGCAGGGAUAUGGACCAGAUGAUGUUCAGGUGUCCACCUCCGAUAACUGCGUGAGUGUACACGCAAAGAAGGUUGUUCAAACCGACCAGGGUUCAAGCACUCGCGAGUAUUCGCGCACACUCUACUUACCUGAGUCGAUUGACAGGGAUCACUUGGAGUGUCAUCUUACUCAAGAUGGUGUGUUGACCGUGGAAGCUCCAGUGAAGACCGCGGACUACAAGUCGAUUACUUUCGAUCGCAAUCGUCAGUUAGGCAUCAAGCCACGCACGGAGGCCGAAGAGGAACAACAACAAAAAUCUGGAAACGCAUUAGCGAUUCAACCGACCGGUGUUCUCGGCCCGACUGUUGUGAAGGACGAGAAGUCUGGCGGCGAGAAGUUGCAUGUGGAGAUCCCAGUGGACCCAGAGUUCUCAGCCGACGAUUUGUGCGUGCGUGUGGACGGGAAGCGUGUUGUGUUGUCGGGCCGAAAGGAAGUUGUGGACGAGACGGGGAAGUCGAAAAGCGUUUUGGUGAAGGAAUUUUCGCGCUCAUAUGAUGUGCCGGAGACAGUGGACGCGUUCUCAGUGAAUGCUGAACUUCGAGGAGGCAAGCUUUUGGUUGAAGCGCCAUUGUUGUGCCCUGCCGCCUCGAAGUAGACCGGUUGGAUUGGAUUCUGUUUGUCAUUUGCUUGAUUACGCAAUACAUAUGAGUGUAUUAG